AUGCCACACCCUGUUUCACCAUCAGAAUCGUCGACCAUGUCCUCCGCCCCCAUCAUGAUCCCGAAGGUCCCGUCCUCCGUACCCCCCACCGAGGAGGAGGUUGCCUCGUUGAUGAACACCAUAUUCAACGCAGAUAAAUCGCAAGAGUCUUUAGACGCUUCCUAUGGCUUGGCGAACCUCCUCAUUCAAUCCGUCGGAUUUCGCGGGCUACACGGCUAUAAUUUGUUGAGGGAUAUAAAAAAAGCGGCGGUAGAUAAGAAAAGCGGGGCAAAGCGAGAAAGUGCAAUGCUGAUAUUGGGCGCUCUGUUCGAGAGAUUUCCUCGAGAACAACCGCUCAGCGAGGUUGUCUUCUUACUUGAGCAUGGAGGGUUGCUUUCCCUGGCCUUGGAUGCGCUGGCUGAUAAGGGUGCCGUGGUGCGGGAAGCGGCUAAGUAUGCCGUGGAUGCGCUGUUUGCUUGCCUGAAGGUCGAGUCGUUGGUCGCUGCGCUUGUUCCGGCACUAUUGGCGUAUCUCAACAAGUCAACUGCGAAAUGGCAAGGCGCUGUGGAGGCUUAUCGUCUGCUGGAAAAAGUGGCUGAGAAGACUCAGGCGGGCUCAGACACCAAGGAGGAGAGUUUGCAAAAGGAUCUCCUCCGCGAAUCCGUGGGCAAAUGUUUAAAGGAUCUGAUCCCUGUCGUCGAGUCCGGCAUGCACGAUAUGAAGAACGAGGUUUCAAAACAGGCGGUUAAAACAAUGACUGCUUUGACGACGGUCCUCUCCAAUGACGAUGUGGCUCCCAGAAUCCCGCUGCUGAUUAAAGCGAUGGAAAACCCCGACGCACAAACUUUACAAAAGACCAUCCUUGCCUUGUCCCAGACUACCUUCGUCGCGAUAGUUACCUCCCCUGUACUUGCGCUCCUCACCCCUCUUCUUGAACGAUCCCUAAACACACCCACAACCCCACAGGAAGUCCUUCGCCAGACAGUCGUUGUCGUCGAGAAUCUCACAAAGCUCGUCCACGACCCUAAUGAAGCGAGGACAUUCUUGCCGAAGUUGAAACCAGGUGUACAAGGGGUGAAAGACAGGGCUUCGUUGCCUGAAGUUCGGGAGCUAGCAACACGCGCUCUGAACGUCAUCCAGCACGCUAUGGGCGAUGGCAGCACGAACUUAGCCAACGGGGCGGUGACCCAAGUAACAGCAGAUGAAGUUCUAAAGGUAUUGGAGCAACAGGUGAAGCUCCAUGGCGGAAUUGUGCGUAAGGAAGAUGAACCAUUCUGGGCCAUCUCGAAGACGUAUAUCUCUGAAAUGGUUCGCGACGACGUGAAUUCACGUCUUCUCGACCGCGUCCCACUAUGCAUCGCACCUUAUCUUAGUCAACUAGUCAAGGAGGGACAAGAGGCUGCCAUCGCUUCCGCAGUUCACGCCCAUUUCGUGGAGGAAGAUAAGCGGAAAUAUGGAGUACCUGUGCAAGAAGACACGGGUGAAGUUGAGAUCGUCAAUGCGGAUUUCUCUCUUGCGUAUGGCGGCAUGCUUCUGCUCUCCCACACAAACCUUAGGCUCCUCAAGGGCCAUCGAUACGGGCUCUGCGGGCGCAACGGAGCCGGAAAAUCCACCCUCAUGCGCAGUAUUGCGGAGGGAAAGCUGGAAGGAUUCCCUCCCAAGGAUGUUUUGAAGACAUGCUUCGUGGAGCACAACCAAGGUGAAGAUGCGGAUUUGAGCAUCUUGGAAUUCGUUGCCAAAGAUCCAGAACUAGCUGCAAGCGGCAAAGAGCGAAUUUCCGAGGUCUUGAGCGAGGUCGGAUUCACUGCUGGCCCUGGUGGACGGCAGGAACAGAAAGUUGGCUCCCUGUCCGGUGGAUGGAAGAUGAAGUUGGCUCUGGCGCGAGCUAUGCUCAUGGGAGCUGAUGUUCUCCUCCUCGACGAACCGACCAAUCAUUUGGACGUAGCGAAUGUGAAAUGGCUGCAGGAAUACCUGAAGCAACACACCGAGAUCACCAGUUUGAUCGUCAGUCACGACUCUGGUUUCUUGGACGAAGUCUGUACCGAUAUCUACCACUAUGAAGGAAAGAAACUGGUCUGCUACAAGGGUAACCUUGCUGAUUUUGUCAAAGUCAAGCCGGAGGCGAAGAGCUACUAUACCCUUAGCUCGUCGAAUGUUCAGUUCAAGUUCCCCCCUCCAGGUAUCUUGACAGGUGUCAAAUCGCAAACCCGUGCCAUCCUUCGCAUGAGUAACGUGACUUACACUUAUCCUGGAAAUACAAAGCCCUCUCUAGUAGAUGCAAGCUGUUCCCUGACCCUCUCGUCUCGCACAGCCAUUAUUGGCGGUAACGGCGCGGGGAAGUCAACUUUCAUCAAGCUGUUGACUGGAGAGCUUAUUCCCCAAUCCGGUAAGGUUGAGAAGCAUCCCAAUCUUCGAAUCGGGUACAUCAAGCAGCACGCCCUUGAACAUGUGGAGAUGCACAUGGAGAAGACACCCAACCAAUAUCUGCAGUGGAGAUAUCAGAAUGGCGACGAUCGGGAGGUGUUGAUGAAGCAAACCAGAGUUUUGACCGAGGAGGAUCGUAUCCAAAUGGAGAAAACAAUCGAUAUUGGCGAUGGGAGGGGACCCCGGCGUAUUGAGGCCUUGAUCGGUCGGCAAAAGUUGAAGAAAACGUUCCAAUAUGAAGUUAAAUGGGUUGGCAUGCUUCCCAAAUUCAACUCCUUCAUCUCCCGCGAAACUCUUCUAAAGGAAGGCUUCCAAAAACUCGUCCAAGAAUACGACGACCACGAAGCCUCCCGCGAGGGCCUAGGCUACCGCGUCCUGGAACCAAAAGUAAUCUCCAAACACUUCGAAGACGUCGGCCUCGACCCGGAAAUCGCAAACCACAACCAAAUCUCCGGCCUCUCGGGCGGCCAGAAGGUCAAAGUCGUCCUCGCCGGCGCCAUGUGGAAUAACCCGCACCUCCUUGUCCUGGACGAACCCACCAACUUCCUCGACCGCGACUCGCUAGGCGGCCUCGCCGUCGCCAUCCGCGACUACAAGGGUGGCGUGGUGAUGAUUUCCCACAACGAGGAAUUCGUCGGUGCACUGUGCCCCGAGCAAUGGCAUGUCGAGGACGGGCGGAUGACGCACAAGGGCCAUGUGUCGCUCUCCCUCGACCGGUUUGAGGACAGCUCGCGCGGACCCAGCACCGUGGCUAGCAGUGUCGUUUCGAGCGCGGCAGCGUCCGCAGCAGCGUCUGCUGCUAAUUCUGGUGCUGAGGAUGCGGGCGGCGAGUUGAAGUUCAAAGCGAAGAAAAAGAAGAAGUUGACUCGUGCGCAGAUGAAGGAUCGUGAGGUGCGGAGGCGUUUAAGGCAUAUUGAAUGGCUCAACUCACCCAAGGGCACACCUCACCCCCCAGACACUGAUGAUGAAGCAUAA